UCCUGGCUCUAGACAUAGCGCCAACGAUAAUGGAACCGCAUUAAAGACACGACACUACAUGUUUCAUGUCGGUAGUUAAAGGUAGUGUACGGUUUUAUUGAACACGGCUGAAGAACAUGAUUCUCGUUUUGUUUUAUUUAUUUGUUGUGCGUUUGAUUGGAGUGUUUGGUGUUGAGACGGAUGAGGUCGUGUCAGUGAUGGAGGGAGAGUCUUUCGCUCUUCGUACUGGUCUUACGGAGAUACAGAGCGAUGAUGAGAUCGAGUGGCGCUUUGGGUCGAGCAGAACUCGUUUAACCAGAAUAGCGGCGGGAAACAUUACUACAUUCGAUGACAAGAAAUUUAGAGACAGACUGCGAAUCGAAGGACAGACUGGAGAUCUCACCGUCACAAAGGUCUCCAAGGAACACAAUGGCGUUUAUCAACUGAGCAUUAUUAUCAGGAAUAAGAAGUCGACCAAGAGAUUCACUGUCAAUGUUUAUGCUCCUGUGUCUAUUCCUGUAAUCUUCAGUGAUACUUCACGAUGCGCUUUAUCGCCUGAAAGAACAUCGAGGAUUUUCCUGUGUUCGGCGGUGAACGUGAGUCAUGUGACUCUCUCCUGGUACAAAGGAAACAGUUUAUUGUCCAGCAUCAGUGUGUCUGAUCUCAGCAUCAGUCUCUCUCUACCUCUGGAGGUGGAAUAUCAGGAGAAAAACACCUACAGCUGCGUGAUCAACAACCCCAUCAGAAACCAGACCACACAUCUGAACAUCAGCAAACUCUGUCAAAAACAUUCAGACUGCGACCUUUGUUUUGACUCUCCCGAAGCUGUGAUCCGAUUAGUCGUCACUGCUUUGAUAAGCGUGGCUGCUGCGGCCGCUGUUGUUCUUUUGGUCGAUGACAUCAGAAAGUUUGGAAGAACAUGGACAAUGAAGUGAUGUACUUGAUAUUGUAUAGCUAUAAUAAAUUUAUGAGAAAUA